AACGUUGGUAUUUCAGAAAGAAAAAUAAAAGAGUGGGAGAUCGGAUAUAAAGACGUGUCGUGCUUCGCGAAGAUAGAAACCGAUUUCAUCAUGUGGAAGCAUCGAGCUAUAGGCCUUCUGGCCUUACUGGCCAUUCUAGUAUCUGUUCAUGCUGAAGUAUCGUUUCUUUCUUAUACGAAGAAGAUCCAUGAUCCAGUAAUAAAUACUCUUCGCGAAAAGAGAGGUGCUGGAUAUGGUGGAGGUUCCGGUGCAUACAGUUCAGCAAGCAGCUCUGCCAACGCUAAUGCAUAUGGUAGUGGUGCAAACAGUUAUGCAAGCUCAAGUGCACAAGCUAGUGCACAAGCAGGAGGAAAAUCGUCAGCCCUAUCCAGCGCCAAUGCCAACGCUGGAGCAGGUGGAUAUGGUGGUGGAUUAGGAGGUGGCGGUGGUCAUGGUGGUGGCGGCGGAUUAGGAGGUGGUAGUGGAUUAGGAGGUGGCGGCGGAUUAGGAGGUGGUAGUGGAUUAGGCGGUGGUCACGGAGGAGGAUUGGGCGGCGGUGGUUGUGGAACGGGUGGUUGCGGAGGUGGUAGCGGAUCCGGUGGAUAUGGAGGUGGUGGAAGCGGAGGAGGUGGCUAUGGAGGUGGUGGAAGCGGAGGAGGUGGAUAUGGAGGUGGCGGAAGCGGUGGUUAUGGGGGUGGUGGAAGUGGAUUAGGCGGAGGUCAUGGUAGUAGUGGAGGCGGUGGUUACGGAGGCGGUGGAAGCGGAUUAGGAGGUGGUAGCGGAUUAGGCGGAGGUCACGGAGGUGGCGGAAGCGGUGGUUACGGAGGUGGCGGAAGCGGAAGUGGUGGUUACGGAGGUGGCGGAAGCGGAAGCGGUGGUUAUGGAAGUGGCGGAAGCGGAAGUGGUGGCUAUGGGGGUGGCGGAAGCGGCGGAUAUGGAGGUGGAAGUGGAUUAGGCGGUGGUCAUGGAGGAGGAUUAGGCGGCGGUGGUUGUGGAAGUGGUGGUUGCGGAGGUGGAAGUGGAUCUGGUGGAUACGGAAGUGGGGGUAGCGGAUCUGGUGGAUAUGGAGGUGGUCCUGUAAAAGGCACACCAAUCGGCGGAGGUUACGGCGGUGGUGGUGGCCAAGGUGGUGGUGGAGGUUUCGGUGGCGGUUCUGGUGGUGGUUACGGUGGUAGUGGUGGAUACGGAGGUGGAAGUAGUGGUUCCGGUGGAUAUGGUGGUGGAUCGGCAGGUUCUGGUGGAUAUGGAGGAAGUAGCGGUGGAGGUCAUGGAGGAGGUGGAGGACUCGGUGGAGGUCUUGGAGGAGGUCUUGGUGGAGGCCUCGGCGGUGGAGGUGGACACGGUGGAGGCUUAGGUGGAGGUUUAGGAGGAGGUUUAGGUGGAGGUUUAGGUGGAAGUGGAGGUGGAUAUGGUAGUGGUGGUGCUAGUGCAAGUGCAAAUGCACAAGCCAGUGCUAACGCAGGAAGCUCUGGUGGAGGUGGUGGUUGUGGUGGAAGCUGCAAUGGUGGCUAUGGUGGUCAUGGUGGUCAUGGCCCUGGUACAGAUAUAUUCUCUCGUAUUGGUGGCAUAGACGAAGGAGCAAAUCAAAGUGGUAGCGUGCAAGGUGCAAAAGGUGUUUACAGCAGUAGUGCCGCAAAUAUUGAUUCGACCGGCAAAGGAUCUUAUAAAGUAUCUGCUGGAAAAAUCCCAUAAAUUACGAAAAUGGAGAUUGGAGAAUUCGCCGAAGAACUUUUAAAAUUUAAACAACUAUCUUUUUAACUCGAUAGAAUAUAUGUACUUAUAUAUCUUUUUUUUCGGCACGAUUUACGGUGCUAGAAACAAUCUAAUAAAAAAACAUAUAGGAUUUGUUAUGUGAUAUUUUCUAUAAUCAUAUUAGAAAUACUCGACCAAAUACUCUUUAAAAGUAAGACAAGCGGAACCCUAAUUUUAUCUGUAAAUGUAAAAAGUUCCAAUGAAUUCAAAAUUUUAAUUGUUACAAACAUGUAUUUAUAAAUUAAAUACACAUUAUAAAAGAAA